AUGUGGCAAUCGGCCUAUUUUUUGUGGACCACGGCUAUCACAAUUAAUGAACAAAAUAAAAAAUUAUACAAUUUUAAUGUAAUUUCACAGACUCGUGGCUAUCUUAGAUUCUUGGGGAAUAGUUUAUUUGGUAUACAUUAUUAUGUAUUAUUUUCUGAUAAACUGUAAUUAAAAUGAUCGAAUAAAAAUUAUUGAUGGUUUUAUAUAUAUACAUAUCAGUGUAUACUGUAGAGAAAAAUGUACAAUUUAUUCACUAAAUAUUAAUACACAUGAACUCUAAAGUAACUCAAUCCAUUAUGAAACCCCAAAAAGACUUUUGGAUAUCGCGGUUUCCAUAAUAAAUACCUUAUUUUCUUUAUGUAAAGUCUCAUGUUUAAAUUAUCAAUAUUCAGUAACAAAGCCAAAGCGGACUACGGCUUAAGAACCACUAAACAAAAUAAUAACAUCAAAAUAAUUUAUUUCAUAAUUUUAAUAAAAUUGGGUGAUUCAUUUACAUUUAAAUUUAUUUAAAAGUAAAAAAAAAAUUAAUACAAUAUUCAAUUUCAUCUAGUUAUUUUUAUUACCCUACAAAAUAUCAUUUAAAUGUAUGUUUUAAAUAUUGUUUUUAUCAAAUGUGGCCGUAACUGUGGAUAUCGGGUAUAAUAUACAGUUAUGUUUGUCCGGUAACAUUUUUAAAAAAAAAUAUGGACCAUUGAUUCAACCAAUUUCAAAACACCACAACAAACGGUUAGUUUGCCUGGAUGUAAUGGCAGCUUUUGAACCUCUUCAGAUGGCGGCAGCCUGUUCAGCGGCUAUUACGUUCCAAAACCGAAAGAUAAUGUUCUAGAAACAGUAGAAAAAGUUCUUGAGCCGGAAGAAAAAGUACUCAAAACGGUUGAAAAGGUUCACACUCCAGAAGAACAUGUUAUCGAAACAAAAGACCAAGAGGAAAGUGGAAUAGUUGUUAAGUCUUCUGACGCGGAAUACGACGAUGGUGAAACCGAGGGUGGCAUCAUCACAGAAAUGCAGUCCGGAUACGAUUAUGUAAUAAAGCCAAUAAAUGUUGCUCAAAAACCAUAA